AUGUCUCGGGAUGAACUGUCCCUUCAGUAUCACGGGCUGUUUCUGCCCAAAGAGACGCACUCACAGGACAGCCUCAAGUUUGCGGAGGACUUUAAGUUUGAAGACAGUGACGUAAUAGCUGUGACGUUCCCAAAGUCAGGUACAGUGUGGAUGCAGGAGAUCCUCCCCCUGAUCCUUAAUGAAGGAGACCUGACCCCAGUGCAGACCAUCCCAAACUGGGACCGGGUGCCUUGGCUGGAGGAGACUCGCUUAGCGCUCGUAAUGGACCAGCUCAAAUCUCCACGUGCUCUGGUCACACAUUUCCUGUAUGACCUGAUGCCUGCCUCCUUUCACCAGUCCAAGGCAAAGAUCAUCUAUGUGAUGAGGAACCCCAAGGAUGUCAUUGUUUCAUUCUAUUACUUUCAUCAGAUGGCUGCAUUUCUUGAAGAUCCUGGAACUUUUGAUGAGUUUUUGGACAAAUUUCUUGAUGGAAAAUUGGCGUUUGGGAAAUGGACAGAUCAUGUAAAAAGCUGGAGGAAGCCUGAGCUGGGAGAUCGCAUCCUGUACAUCACAUAUGAAGAAAUGAAGGAGGACCUGCCCACUGCUCUGAGGAAGAUCUCCAGAUUCUUGGGGAAGAAUUUGAGAGAGGAAGUAAUCCAGAAGAUUGCAGAAAACUGCAGCUUCACUGUCAUGAAGAACAACCCUAUGUCCAACUUCAGUUUAGUGCCUAAAGUGUACAUGGAUUCUGACAAGUCCCCGUUUCUGAGAAAAGGUGUUGCUGGAGAUUGGAAAAAUCACUUUACAUCCGAGCAGCUGAGUCAUUUAAACUCUGUCAUCACCAAAGAGCUGGACGGCUUCACUUUGCCCUGGAGCCUGAACUGA